AAACCGAAAAGAUGCCAUGAUUGGUCCUCGUUUUGAACAAACUGAUCUCGAAGUUCAGCCGAAUUCGGCAGCUGCCAUUGAUUUGAUUGCCGAAGAGCCAAUUCAUUAUGUAGAAGGCAGAAUUGCAAUAUGCGACGGGGGUAUUUAA